GGAGCGAUGGCCGCUGCCUCACUUUUUUCUGGAACCUGUAUCAUACAAGGCGAGGAUGUCGAUCAGGACAAGCUUCGCUACUGGCCACAAGCGAGCCCGCACUAUCGAAAGCGCGCUCGAUAACGUGGGGGACAUGAUUCAUCUUCAUGAUGCCCCAUUUGCUGGCCUUUGCUAGCUGCAGUACGGCUGCUGCAAGAACAACAAUACGUCCCAGUGAGCAAACUGCUUGGCACUCAAGAGAUCAGAAGCAACGCGGGGCUCUCAUGGCUAAAUACAAGCCCUCUGCCCAAAGGAAGACAACUAUACACAAGCAUAUUUUUCCGUCAUUUGCCCUGCUCUGAAGGAGAAGUGGAAUCAACGGUCCGUUCAAUCACAACCUCGUCGCAACAAGUCCUAGGUUCGCCUGGAAUGGAGCAUAGCCGAACGAUGGCCCCCCAUACUUUACUUAUUCCAGUUACACGGAAUGUGUAUCGUAGUACACGAUUCAGCUACUUCUUGAGUGGUCCACAGGGAGACCGGUCUGCAGCCCUGGGUGUACAAAUCACACCCGGACCAGAAACCACGGUGGCCACGGUGGCCACGGUGAUCAACGAGCACGAAAACUCCGAUACAUCUGUCCAUGUAUGUGGCACUCAUGAUGCGAGCCUCCGAGAGCAGUUUUUCGAGAAUUUCGCAAAGGCCCGAAGAGAGCUGCUUGCUGCGAAACCCACCAGCGCUGACGUUACGGACAUGGAACCUGAGCACAACGACAGCCCUUCCUCCCAGUACGGCGACGAUUGCAUCGCACUUUUGCCAACCGCCAGUACCAACUCUCCCGACGGUAACGUUCAGCGCAAACGUAUCACCAAGCGGGAGCAUUCGAUCAGCAUCAAGGAGGAGCAAUCGGACGUCGAACUGCGGAGAGUGUAG